CGGAGCAGUUCAUGUUAUUAUUUUCUUUUGUUCAUUUUCUGUCGCUACAUGGAUGUGUGGACAAAAAUCUUGAGUUUAAUGGCACGGCGAGAUGAACCAUCAUAAUCAUUUUAGCCACCACGUCAAAACAAGAUCAGAGAUCUCCCAAUUCUCAACAGACGAUGAUGCUGCAAUAAAUAAGAAGUUGCCAAAGGAGCUGUUGUUGAGGAUCUUCUCCUUCCUUGAUGUGGUGUCUCUGUGCCGAUGUGCUCAAGUGUCAAAGUUCUGGAAUGUCCUGGCACUAGAUGGGAGCAACUGGCAGAGAGUUGAUCUCUUUGACUUCCAGACAGAUGUUGAGGGUCCAGUUGUUGAGAACAUUUCCAAGAGAUGCGGGGGAUUUCUGAAGUCCCUGAGCCUGAGGGGUUGUCAGAGCAUCACCGACUCAGCCUUGAUAAAAUUUGCAGAGCAAUGCAGAAACAUAGACACACUAUGUUUGAAUAACUGCAAGAAAAUAACAGAUGUAACAUGUGCAAGCCUAGGAAAGAACAGCUUAAAGCUGAUGAAACUAGAUUUGAGUUCCUGCCCUGAUAUCACAAACAACUCUUUAAAAGCUCUCAGUGAUGGUUGCAAAUUUUUGGAGGUGGUAGACAUAUCAUGGUGUAUGCAGAUCACCAACGAUGGUGUUGAAGCCCUCGCCAAGGGCUGUCCCAAGGUGAAGAUCUUCAUAGCCCGAGGCUGUAAUCAGAUUGGAGAUGAUGGAAUCCGCCACUUAGCACAAAAUGCUACAGAUCUUAGGAAACUCAAUUUACAAGGUUGUCAGCAUAUCACAGAUGACGCGGUGAACACGAUAAGUCUUUGCUGCCACGCGCUGAGCUUCCUGUGUGUGUCGAAUUGCCCCCGCCUUACAGACGCAUCACUCAAUGCCCUCGGCACUGGCUGCACAAACCUCAAAACUCUGGAGGUAGCAGGGUGCAGUCACCUGACAGACAGUGGCUUCCAGGCGUUGGCGAGGAAUUGUCACGAACUUGAGAAGAUGGACCUAGAAGAGUGUGUCCAGAUAACAGACACAACACUUGCUCAUCUAGCUUUGUACUGUAAUAAACUAGCUGCCCUGAGUCUUUCCCAUUGUGAGCUGAUCACAGAUGAAGGUAUCCGCCAGUUGGGCAACAGCCCUUGUGCCAUCGAACACCUGGAGGUGCUGGAGCUGGACAACUGCCCUCUCAUUACUGACGCUUCCUUAGAGCAUUUAAUGGCGUGUCAAAGUUUGGAGAGAAUAGAACUUUACGAUUGUCAACUGAUCACACGUGCUGGGAUACGCAGAUUACGGACGCGACUUCCUGAUAUCAAAGUUCACGCCUACUUUGCACCUGUGACCCCGCCCCCUUCUGUGGGUGGGGGCCGGCAGCGGUACUGUAAAUGUUGUGUCAUACUCUGACGACGAGAGGUUCUUCAGGGAGGAUACCCCUGCUUGGACUUGACUGUCAGUGACAUUGUGUACUUGUGUUAUAACAUGCCUGAUAUAGUGCUUCAUCGUACCUUGGAUAUUAUACUAUCAGUGGAUAUACUAUGUAUCGUCUAAGGUGUGAAGACAUGUAUCACAGGUGUAUCAGUUGUAUUACGAACCACUCUCAGGUGGAUUUCAGCAGACUUAUCCUGCAAGUUCAAUUAUUACCUGCCACAGCAGGAAUUCCAGGUGAUAUCAGCUGAUAUCUGCUGGUGAUGUCAUUACCAUUGAACAUGUGAUGGACCAAUGGGAUCAGCUUAUUCAACAAAUGAUAUCAUCUCACAGUGAAUCUUCUCAACAUUUCAAUCAUCAUGAACAACACUGUGUAAAGGGAAGUAACUCAAUGCGUAAGAAUGGAAACUCCCACAAAUGGGUGGUCCUUUCUAAAGGGAGGUAACUCUGCAUGGACUAUUCUUAUACAUUUGGUCAACACAGUUUUACACAGGAUCACCAUGUAUUCUUUGUCGGUCAGUUCAGCUGAAACCUUCUUCUGUCUUAUUAUAUUGCAUUUCUUAACAAGUGAGUUGAAAAUCCUUCAUCAGGGUUUAACAAUUAUUAAUACAUCUUGAUGCAAAUCUCCAUGAAAUAACCAAACCUAGUGCUGGGUCAUAACAAACUUCCUGCUGUUCCAUGAUCACAAGAGUUACCUCCCUUAGUGCAAUCUCAGCCCCGUCUUGUUGACCUGCUCUUUUACCACUUACAACAGCUUAGUUGUUAUGACAUAUAACAACGCAACUCGUACAGGAAGCUACUUUCUGUUGACAUCGUGAUAUGAACUGUUACUUUAGCCAUUGAGCAAAUUCAGUUCUUAAACAAGGAUCAGUUGCUUGCAUGAGAACCUGUGGACAAUGUUUGUAAGAUAUUGUUGAUGCUGUGAAUGUCGGUGUACAAUGUUAUGAUAUUUCAGUUGUUGCCAACCUUUUGAUUCCACAGAAGAACAACACCAGUGAAGUAUAGAUUGUAAGGAUGGCUUUUCUACACCAUGUGAUAUGACAGUGAUGGGGAAGACAGUACACCCCUACAUUUUAGUCCUAACUCAGUGUGUGAUGAAACCUAGCUAGUUGUAGGAUAGCAGCUUUCUCAGCUCCAUGUGAUAUAACAACAUAACACCCUUACACACAAGUCCUCUCUCAGUGUGUGAUGAAACAUAGCUGGUUGUAGGAUAACAGCUUUCUCGGGUCCUUGUGAUACACUAACAUCCCAUCCUUACACAUAAGAUCUAUUUCUGUGUGUGAUAAAACAUAGCUAGUUGUAACGUAAUAGUUUUCUCAAUUCCUGUGUGAUAUAAUAAUAACAUAACUCCCUUACGUUCAUGUUCUAUAUAGCUAGUUGUAAGAUAACAACUUUCUCAUUUCCCUUAACACAAGUCCUAUUUCAGUGUGUGAUGAAACAUGGCUAGGUUUAGGAUAUGAGAUAUAUAUUCGUGUAUAUCCUAGAUCGGUAUUU